GACCGUGUCGUUUCGUGUAGUUGCACGUAGUUUAUGAAAAAUUCGAUAAAUCCAUCGCUUUUUAUGUUUUAUUUAUUUUUCAAUGUAGAAUUAUACAUACCUGAGUAAAUAAAAGUGUUUUUUAAUACUUAGCUAUGUGUCUAUUCAUUUAGAAAACUAAAAUCAUCCUAUUGCCGCGUUUCGGUUCAUUCCUUUGAAUUCAGUUUGCUGCGCCUCCACCAGACUAGAAUCAAAAUCAAAAUAUUUCGAAAAAGAAAAACCCUGCUAUAGCCUCAACCUGCUCAAAUCUACAACAAACUCCACCAACAAUUCCAGAAUCCAAGAAAAAGAAUUAUAAAAACAAAAACAGACACAAAAAUUCACAUAAUUUGGGCGUGUCAUCGUUCUCAUCAUCGUCGUCGGAGUCGUAGUCGUCGCCGACACCGCCACCGCUACCGCUACCGCUUUCGUGAUCGGAUCGUCAAUCGUUUGCCGUCGUCGUCGUUGUCGUGGAGCGUGGAAGAAUAUCGGUUCUAAAUUCUAAUCAUAUGCCUAGGAAUUAUUGCUUUCCCACCGCGCCACUACUGGAAAAUGUAGACGAGGCUCCCCGUUCCUCAUCCAUCGUCGUCGAUCCAACACAGCACUAAGGCUGAAACCCCCAAAUAACCCCCCAUGCCCCUUCGGUCUCAGGCAUAGCUCUCAGUCACCACAGGUAGAAGCAGAAGGCCACAAGAAAAAUCAAUUCCUCGGAUAGAAUCCAUUUUGGUUUUUAUUUUGUUUUAUUUUUCUCUCGUGCACCUGUUAACUCACCUCGCUAAAUGACAUAGAAAAUAUGUUUUUCCUCUCGUUGUGUAGCCAUUUUUAUGGCUAAAACUCAAGGCAUAAGUGUAAAGCACCCAUAAAGCAUAAUAAAUUGCCAAAUAAUUACGAAAUAUCUGUGAAAAGUAACAAAUAAAAUUGAAAAACUCGUUUAUUCGUGUGGACUGCUGGACGACUGUCAUUUUCGCUGAACGCUUCUCCUCCAGUCAAGUCACAGAGUAGUGUUGUGUAUUGUGUGUAUAUAUAUAUCUGUUCCAUUCCAACGCGUGCAACGUUCUAAUCGGAUUAGAAUUGGAAGAGCGAGAGCAAGCUAUGUGUAGUGGCUGUUUUGUGGUGGUGUUCUUUGGCUUCAUCAUCUGUCAACAUUAUUUUUAAAAGCAAAAGAAGUAUUUCGUAAUUUUUAUUUGUUUAAUUUUAUAUAAAUUACAUAUUUAAAUGUUGAGUUUUGUUUAAAAAUUGAAAAUAUAUUAAAAAAAGAUAAAAGAUUAACAAAAAAACAACAACAAAAAUCCAAGUAAAAACGAGUGAGAGAAGAAAAAAGUUGUGGUGUUUUGUUUCUUUUUGUUUUUAAUUCAAUGUUUGCCGGAAUAAUUAAAAACGGAUCUAAAUUUUAUUACAAAAGUGUUUCAUCAGUUUAUACCAAUAAUAUUUAGAAAUAAAUAAAAUAAACAAAAUAAUAGAAUAUAAAAGAAAACAAGCUGUGGAAGCAUUACAAAACAGGAUAUAAUGUUUAAGUGCAUUCCAAUAUUUAAGGGCUGCAAUCGCCAAGUGGAGUUUGUCGAUAAGCGGCAUUGUUCGCUGCCGACAGUGCCUGAAGAAAUUUUACGCUAUUCAAGGAGUCUCGAGGAGUUGCUUUUGGAUGCAAAUCAUAUUCGCGAUUUGCCCAAGAAUUUCUUCAGACUACACCGAUUACGUAAACUGGGCUUAAGUGACAAUGAAAUCAACAGACUACCACCAGAUAUUCAAAAUUUUGAAAAUCUAGUUGAAUUAGAUGUAUCCCGUAAUGAUAUUCCAGACAUUCCUGAUGACAUUAAGCAUCUACAAAGCCUACAAGUAGCUGAUUUUAGUUCAAAUCCAAUUCCAAGAUUACCAGCUGGAUUUUCACAGUUAAAAAAUCUUACAGUGUUAGGCCUUAAUGAUAUGUCAUUGACAUCGCUGCCGGCAGAUUUCGGAAGUUUAACACAACUUGAAUCUCUGGAACUGAGAGAGAAUCUAAUAAAACUUCUUCCUGAAUCAAUUAGCCGAUUAACAAAAUUAGAACGUCUUGAUUUAGGUGACAAUGAAAUCGAAGAUUUACCCCCACAUUUGGGGUAUUUACCUGCACUGCAAGAACUUUGGUUGGAUCACAAUCAAUUGCAGAAAUUACCACCUGAAAUUGGUUUGUUGCGGAAUUUGAUUUGCCUUGACGUAUCUGAAAAUAGACUUGAAGAACUGCCCGAAGAAAUUGGUGGCCUGGAAAAUUUAACUGAUUUACAUUUAUCACAAAAUUUAUUAGAAUCAUUGCCAGAUGGAAUUGCUAAAUUAAGUCGUUUAACUAUUUUAAAAUUGGACCAAAAUCGUUUACAAAGUGUAAAUACAACUAUUGGAGCAUGUGAAAAUAUGCAAGAAUUAAUAUUAACUGAAAAUUUCUUAACGGAACUUCCCCCAUCCAUUGGUCGGAUGACUAAAUUAAGUAAUUUAAAUGUGGAUCGUAACGCCCUCGAUUAUAUACCAUUAGAAAUUGGUAUGUGCACAAAAUUGGGCGUUCUUAGUCUAAGGGAUAAUAAAUUGAAGAAGCUUCCACCGGAGCUGGGCAAUUGUACAUUGUUACAUGUUUUAGAUGUAUCUGGCAAUCAGCUGCAGUAUUUACCGUAUUCUUUAGUUAAUUUACAAUUGAAAGCUGUAUGGCUGUCAGAGAAUCAAGCUCAACCGUUGCUGACAUUUCAACCGGAUGUUGAUGAAACAACUGGCGAACAGGUCCUAACAUGCUUUCUUCUACCACAACUAGAAUAUCAACCAACAGUUCCUGAUUAUUCCCCGGGCCAACUAUACAGAUCUAGCGAAAAAUUCAACUCAGCCGAACUCCUCUUUGCAUACCAUCAACCAGGAACUGGAAAAGACCAAGAAUCCGAUUCCGAAGGUUGGGAAGAACGCGAACAAUCGAGAACACAUUCCGUUAAAUUUUCAGAAGAUUCCAGCACCGAAAAGGAUACACCUUUUGUGCGACAAAAUACACCUCAUCCCAAGGAGCUUAAAGCAAAGGCGCACAAAUUAUUUGCGAAAGAACGCAGUAGAGCAGAAGAAGGAACCAAUUUGGAUACACUGUCAGAAGAGAGUUCAUCGAAACCUUCAUCGUCGGUGAGAAACGAAAUGAAUUCAUCAACAAUGGAAAAUUUAGCAGAAACACAAACCGAACCACUGCUUCCAACUUCACCAACUCAAGCUAUUGUAGCGCCCUCUUUGGUUUCAACAUCAAACCAUAAACCCACACUAAAUUCUGAACAAGAACCCUUGGUUUCACCAACUGGUGCAAGAGAAGCGGCCAAUUCACAAUCUUCAAACGAAGAUGAAGAAGACGAUGACGACGAAUAUGAUUUUAAUGAACGAAAAGUUGGUUUCAAUGUAGACGAUAAAGAAGAUGACUUUUAUACUAGGCCAAUGAAACUACACCGAAGAGAUACACCCCAUCAUUUGAAAAACAAACGUGUCCAACACGGAGUUCUUGAUAAGCAAACUACUGAAUUGCUAGCAAAUGCUAUGAAGAAACAAGAACUUCAAACUAAGCAAGUAGUUAUCACAACUGUUACAUCGCCAAUCGAAGAAGCUCCCGAAUUAAUUGCUGAAGCAACCAAUGAUAACUCAAUUGGGGCUCCAUUUGAAUCAUCCCUAUCGCCCAUACCACCAUCAUCACAAGCCUCAACCCCAAUACCCGUGCAAAUGCAUGAGGAUGUCCCAGAUGGUGUUACAGAACUGCGAACAGAGCAAUAUGAGAUCCAUAUUGAACGGACAGCAGCUGGAUUGGGUUUGAGCAUAGCCGGUGGCAAGGGUUCAACUCCGUUUAAGGGUAACGAUGAGGGUAUAUUCAUUUCACGUGUUACCGAAGGAGGACCAGCUGAUUUGUCGGGGCUUAAAGUCGGUGAUAAAGUUAUCAAAGUUAAUGGAAGAUCUGUAGAGAAUGCUGAUCAUUAUUUGGCUGUUCAAGUUUUGAAGGCUUGUGGUACUGUAUUGGUAUUGGUUGUGCAACGUGAGGUAACUCGACUGAUAGGUCAUCCAAUAUUCAGCGAAGAUGGUUCAUUAUCACAGAUUUCAGUUGAAACCCGACCACAAAAUGUCCGUCACGAUAAAUCCAUCCCACCGCCCAUUGAAAUCCUCCCAAAUGAAUACAAUUAUCAGGACCAACAGAAUAUGAUGAUAACCACCAACAACGCUACCGCAUCACAACAUCAGCAACAACAGCAACAGUAUCAGCCACAAAAUGUUGAACAUAUUAUACCUGCCACAACCAACAUAGUCCCGGCUACCACAAAUGGAACUUUAGAAAAUGGCAAGGACCUUCCUGUUCAUAAAGUUACCCUCCAUACAACACUGAUAAGGGAUCAAAUUAACCAGGGUCUAGGAUUUAGUAUUGCCGGUGGUAAAGGUUCUCCGCCGUUCAAAGAUAACUGUGAUGGUAUUUUCAUAUCACGUAUCACCGAAGGUGGUUUGGCUCAUCGCGAUGGUAAAAUAAUGGUUGGCGAUCGGGUUUUGGCGAUAAACGGAAAUAAUAUGACAAAUGCCUACCAUGACGCAGCUGUACAACUUUUAACGGACCACCAGCGAUUCGUGCGAUUGGUUUUGCAACGUGAAAUCCAAGGACCACUAGAGCCGCCAUUAAGUCCACGUAGUCCGUCAGUUUUAAAUGCAUUAAGCCCGUCGGGAUAUUUGGCCAAUCGUCCAGCUGGGCUGAAUCGUUCCAUCGGUGACAUUGCCGAAGAAUUCGCCCCACAAUCACAAUCACAACACCAACAACAACCCAAAUACAUCACUCCAUCAUUUGCCUACGAUUCGUCGAACAAUAAAAAUGAUUCAACGCCGCCGCCGCCAUCGCCAUCGACCGCAAUGACGACAAAGACAAAUGGUUUCGACUCAAAUCGCAUUCCAACGCCAUCAGGAGCAGCUACCCCGGACACAAUUGUUGAUGCUGUUACAGGACAACCAGUUCCAGCGCCACGCCAUCGGGUGGGACAACAUUCAAAUUCCAUUCCAUCGGAUCAUUCGCCUCCGUCGCAAAAUGGUUCAACUUCGACUUCAACUUCAACAGCAACAACAACUACCAGCGGAGAUGUCGAAACUCAGAUGGCACAACCCCCACCAAGGCCACUGACAAGUGAUGAUUUCCAAGCAAUGAUUCCUGCGCACUUUUUGAGUGGUGGUAGCCAACAUCAAGUACAUAUGGCAAAACACGAUGGUGUUGGUCCAUCUGUCACAGUCACCGUUAAUAAGGCCGUACCGGAUCUACCAAUGUUGCCUCCGGCACCCACCGAAUUAGGUCUCAUAACAGAAACAAUAACAAAGUCGACAUUCACGGAGACGGUUAUGACCCGGGUCACUGAUAAUCAUUUGAUGGAACCGCUAAUUAGUGAGGAAGUCAUUCUGCCGAAGAAUCAAGGUUCCUUAGGUUUUAGCAUAAUCGGUGGUACAGAUCAUUCCUGUGUGCCGUUUGGGGCACGAGAACCUGGAGUAUUUAUUUCUCACAUUGUACCAGAAGGUAUUGCAGCAAAAUGUGGCAAACUUCGAAUGGGUGAUAGGAUUUUAAAGGUCAAUGGUGUUGAUGUUGCCCGGGCCACACAUCAAGAGGCGGUCAUGGAAUUACUCCAACCUGGUGAUGAAAUCUCACUUUUUAUUCAACAUGACCCAUUACCAGUUGGAUUCCAGACAAUUGUUAUCCGAAAAACUGACGGUGAACGCCUGGGAAUGCACAUUAAGGGUGGCCUGAAUGGUCAGCGCGGCAAUCCGGUGGAUCCAACAGACGAGGGUGUAUUUGUAUCCAAAAUUAAUUCAGUAGGAGCUGCAAGACGUGACGGAAGGCUUAAGGUUGGAAUGCGUCUUCUUGAAGUUAAUGGAAAUUCCCUGCUGGGUGCUGCACACCAGGAUGCAGUGAAUAUCCUGCGUACAGCUGGCAAUGAGAUACACUUGGUCGUAUGCAAAGGCUAUGACAAAUCGAGUUUAAUUCAUUCUAUUGGCACAGCUGGAGGCAUGAGUACAGGAUUAAAUUCAACAAGCAGUGGACGUGGAUCAAGAACUUCGGAAACUGGCUCAGAACUAAGUCAAAGUAUAUCAAGUUUGGAUCGAGAUGAAGAUGAUCGUAUGCGACAAUCUAAUUUACAGGAUUUCGAAGUUUUUGCGACAAAAACGAACACGAAUAACGAACAGGUGCCGCUGCAGAGCAAUUUACAUUCAGAUAAUGUUGUAAAUAGUGGAGUUCCUCAAACAUCGCAAGAUGUUGUUGCUUUGGUCAACUCUGAGCAGUCAUUGGUUAGCACGAAAGAAAAGAGCACCCCCGAAAAGGUACUAGAUAUAGUUAGAGCAGCUGAAGUUUUAGCCUUAGCCGAUAAUGUUCCACCAAAAUCCCCAUCGGAACAUCAUGAAGAUAAAAUCCAAAAAACAACAACUGUGGUCAUAUCAAAACAUACAUUGGAUACAAAUCCAUCAAUACCAGGACCGCCCCAAUCACAGACAAUUCAUAAACAAAUUAAAGAGAAAACUCCACUAUUACCGAGAUCACCAACGCCAACUGGUGGCAAACAAGAUGAAACAUCUAAGCGUGCACCAGUCGAUCCUAGGUUCGAAUACAAGCAAAUGGUUCACAAUCAAAGCGUUGGACUGGAAAGACCCAAAGUUCUGCCAAUUAAGCAGGUCGAAGAGGUCUUUAUCGAGGACGUAGAAGAAGAAGACGAUGAUGAUGAGGAGGCCGAGAAUGAAGAUGACGAAUCUGGCUCUCAACGUCAUCCAUUCGAAUCAGACUCAGAGGACCAAUACCACUCGCAACAGAAAUUCGGCUCCGGCCGCAGCACCCCUGACUACAGUCAUAGAAAAUCAGUCAGCUUCGACCUGAGCGCAGACGAACGCUCCAAGUCAGAUUAUGAGAGACCCAAAACACCCGAUACGUCGGUUAUGAGCAGUCGUCAAUAUGACUCCGAACAGGAAUACAACUACCGACGACGUCCACGCAAAGGAAUCCUGCGAUCGUCCAGUCCUUCCUCUUCGAACAAUUCCACCCUGGAAAAGUACAAACCUGAAAAACUGCCACCAAUAGUGCCUACGGUUGCCCGAAUUAAAGAAAUUGAGUCACCCGUACUCGCAGAAAUCAGACAUCAGGACCAACAUUUCGACUAUGACAUUCCUGGACGACGAACGCCAUCGACAUUCGAUGAAAUCGAACGCGACAAUCCAUUCCGUGAAGCAUUCCUUGAAAAAAGUCAACCUGACGAAUAUGAAAAAAUGGCCAAGCUCUAUUCCCAAAAGAAGGGAUCGAGGGUUAAUUUUGUUCUGGGGAGAAAUGACCGUUCGCUUUCGAAAUCGAACGAUGAUCUUCUCUCCGAAAGCAGUCCUUCGCUAAGCUCUCCAUCUCAUUCGAAGUCGACCGAAAACUUAUCCCAUAAACCAAUGAAACCCCUUCCACCUCCAAAGCCAAGAAUUAAGCACGCUGAUAUACGCCGUAAUGAGGCCCUUGAAACAUUCCAAAACGCAGACGUUGGCCACGGUGAUUUUGCAGUGUUCGAACACAAUGCCAAGACUAAUACCAUUCAUGAGGUUGUGAAAAAUCCAAAAAUUCCUGCGAAAAUCGGUGUGACGCGGCCUAAAGAAAGUCCUCCACCACCACCGGUAAACUAUGACACUCUUCCGAAACAAUUCGAUUUAAAUUCGCAGUACUUAGAGGUAUUACCGCCACUUGCCCUAAGUCCAUCGCCAACACAAAAGCCGCAAUUACCACCUCCUUCUCCGGCCACAGCUAAACGACCAAAGGACUUUGUCCAUGAAAACUCACCCGACAGUAUCCUCGUUACAGAGGAAGUACACAGGACCAUAUUGCUUCAAGAGAAUGAGCUUCGUAGAUCCCUAGCAUCAUCAUCCUCGACCACAGCCUCUGAAUCAUCAUCAGCAGCAGCAGCAUCAGCAACAGCAACAUCAACAACAUGGAGGAGUAACGCCUUAACCAGAAAACAUCCGCAGCAGCAAGCAUCAUCCCUUUAUUCUCAUCAACAGUCUCAUCACGGACCCAUACUAACAUCCACACAAAUAUUCCCAACGCCACAAAUCCUUCCUGUACAGUACAACAGUUUGCCCAUUCCACAACACACAUCACAUUAUUACAAUGUCCAACCAUCUCCCAUCCACAGUACCACACCUCAAUCGCCUUAUUUCCAACAUCUAGGCUAUCCCAGUAUGACGAGCUUUGCGUCCUCGUCGUCCACAAGCCUCGGACCGAUUCCAAUAUCUCCCGGUGUCGGCGGUGGGGCAUCAUCUCCGUUCCAAGUGCAACAACAGCAACAGCAGCAUCAUCAUCAUCAUCACUACCAGCUAACACCAGGACGUUUAAUGUCCCCACCAACAUCAGCUAAAACACCCAAAUCAGUUUCGGAUAAAAAGAGGUUCUUUGAAUCGGCUAUGGAGGAUCAACAUAAGCCCGCACAGAAAGCAGAAAAAGUUUUCUCCUUCCUAUCGAAAGAUGAAGUUGAAAAGUUGAAACAAGAAGAAGAGAAAAAAAUUGCAACAAUAAGACGUGAUAAGAAGACCAGAUUACUGGACGGAUCCAAUGACAUAAUGGAGCAAUGCGAACAUAACCAGGACGAUGUGGAUGAUAAUGCAAACAGUGAUAAUGGCGGCGAUGAUAAUGAGAACUGUGAUUCCGAGGACACGAGUGCACAUAGUACAACCACCUCUGAAACAACAACAGCAUCAAGAAGCACAUCAUCAACAAUUCCAUCUCAAGGCUCGGGGUCAGCUAGUUCUAAGUCCCCAUUGAACAAGCCAUCAUUGUUGCCAAAGCCCAAGAUUAAGGUACCAGUAUUUGCACCACCCCAACUACAGCUAGACACGACACAGCUUCCGGUAACAAGUCGUAUACCUGUUCGCACAGCAAAUGCUGAAAAACGCGCCCGACUACUUGAAGAAAGCUCAACGUCAACACCCGAUUCGAAUUCGAAUACGAGUCAAGUUGAUGCUUCGACGACUUUGACCGCGACUCGUCUAACUAAGGCGCAACAGAAUGCCGAAAAAAGAGCAGCGUGGAGAGCAGCUAGACUCAAGUCACUUGAACAAGGCGCAGUCCAGGCACAAGAUGUCAUUAAAAAUAUGAGUAAAAUGGCAGACGAUCUUUUGGAGGAGACACAAUCUCAUCAGCAGAUAGUUAUUUUUCCAAAAAUUGCUAUUAAAUCAAGUCAGGGGCCAAUUGUUGUUCGCGAAAGGGAAAAGGUCCUUGAUGAAAAAGUUGUACGACGAACAGAAGAGGUUCCGUGUCCAUUAACUGGACGACCUCAAUUCCGAACUGUUGAAUAUAUUGAAAAAAUCAUCGAAACAGAGGUUGAAACAUGUCGAGAGAAAAUAAUCUCAUUGGAAUUACAAGAUCCGGAAAAGGAAACCGUAACCGUAUCGGCUAGUGAGGAGGAUGACGACGAUAAUGCAUCCAUAGUAACGGUUCAUGCAAAUUCAGAAAAGUUAUUCCUUCGAACAGAUGACGACCAUCCGAACAACGACAACCACAAUAACGAUAACGACCAUGAUAAUCAUGAUGAUAAUGAUGAUGCCAAAAAUAAAAAGAAGAACCAAAAGGACGAUAACGUCCUCGAGGAUGGCGAUAGCGACGGUGAUGGUGAUGGUGAUAUCAUUAAAAUGAACAAAAACGGUAAUUUUAUAGAAGAAGAUAGAGUAUUUAAAACACUAAACACCACCAGCACGGUUGUAAAAACAACUACUAGCACCGCAUUAACAAUGCAGCAAAAUUCAUCUGAGGCAGCCACGACUAGGACUACUUCAUCGUCCUCGGUCGAUGGUGCCUGCUUCCCCAAACACACAAUUGUCGAAGUUAUAAACCCGAUCAUAGCCGGUGACGGUUGUGCCCAAAGUAUAGCGGUAGGUCGACCAACAGAUUGCAGCUAUCCAUCAUUCGAUAACGAUGGGGAGGAAACGAAAAACCAUGAAGAAGAAGAAGAAGCAGAAAAACAACAGGACGAACUUGAGGAGGACACUCCUCGGCAAUCCAAACGAUACACCAAAAUAAUUUCACACCCCCAGGAUUACAGUUAUUCUAUGUCUACUACGUCUACGUACACCACCACCGCACCAACGACACCGUCAUCUCUAACUGAAGUGUACGGCGAAGAUAAGCCUGAGUUGUCAUUAAAUGCAAAAAUGAAAAAUGUCCUUGAGGAACUGUUGGAGAAUAAAAGAGUAAAGUUGAAUUUAUCGAGGAGCCUUGAGGAAAAAGAAGAAACAAAAUCCUCAGAUGAUGACGAUGAGGACUUGGAUGAUGAUUAUGGGUUUGAACGCGAUGACGAUGACGACGGGGACGACCAAGUGGAUGGAGGAGGAUGUAACAGCUUUAUCAAUUACAAGGAUAAAAAUGGAAAUGGUAAUCGAACUUUUGUGCUAUCAUCGACGACAACGUUAACAGACUCUGAAGAUUCAAAUCGAAAUCAAAUUCAAAUGAAAUUGAAACAAUUCCUUGCUCAAAACAACAAAGAUGAUGAUGAUGAGGACGAUGAUGACGAUGAUGAUGAUGAAGAAGAAGAGGAGGAUGGUGAUGAGGAAGAUGAUGAUGAUGAUGAUGACGACGAUGAUGAUGAUGACGACGAUGAUGAAGAUGAUGAUGAUGAUGAUGGAGAAACCGAUGAUGAAGUUUACGGUUGUAGAGUGUAUACAAAUCCGAACACAACCACACCCCUUCACGGCCAGUCCACCAAAUCCAAGAUGACUCCGAUAGAUCUCUCUGUAACAAAUCUAAACAAAACUUUAAUAAUACCCCCUCAAUUGCAGUUGGUUUCAAAAGCAAAUAGCGCUGGAACAGAUGGUAAAUCUGAAAACCAACAAGAUACAGAAAAACUAUCAUCAUCAUCUCAACCUCUCGAUCUCAGCCUUCCACAGCCACCAUUACCACAACCACUGCCGGCAACAACAGCUCCAACUUCCGGAAAUCUAAUAAACCAAAACAACAACCUUAGGACAACAAGCGAAAACAAUGGAAACCACGAAGACGAAAACAAGAAAGACUAUGUCAUGGCUGCUGCUUCUGAUUCUGCUUUUGCUGGAGGAGAAGAUAAACAACAUGCGACGAUAACUUCAACUUCAACUUCGCCUUCGCCUUCAACUGCGAUAUGCCCAUCGUCUUUGUCACAGGGACAUUUCGGGCAAUUGAAGGACGAAGGAGCAGUAGAUAUUCAAUUUGAAAAUGAUGCUGUUGAUAACAAGCACACCAGUCGAAAUGAUGAAGACUUCUCAUUGUCGUUGUCCUUGUCGGAGUCGGCGUCAUCGUCGUCGGCCCAAAUAUUUCCAGCAGAGACCAAGAAAAACAUCAAUCUAGAUAAAGUUAUCGUAGAUAACAAUGAUGAUGGUGAUGCAGGCCGAAAUCAGGACAACGACGAGGACUACGAUAGCCCACCAGAAGAUGGUUACGAAUCAUCGUCCGAAAUACGAAAGACAACCAAAUCUGUGAGCUCUACGAAUGGCAUCACAACAACCACAACCACGGUUACAAAGGUCAUCACCAGCAGUGGCAUACCACGGAGCAUAGCUAUGGCAAGUAGCAGCACUAAACCAAUCUCCUCAUCAUCCUCCUCCUCCUCUUCUUCAACAAACAACUCCUCCACAACUGUGGUAAAUAAUUCUAACAAUAAAGGAAAAGCGAAACGAAAGGGUCAAAGGAAAGCAAAAUGAAUAUUCUUCGUCCCCUUUGCUACUAUACACCAUAACCGUCCUUCAUCAUCAUCAUCAUCGUCCUUUUCACCUCCUCCUACCCUCUCAACCACGUCGCUCGUCGUCGUAGUCGUCUCCAAUCCCGUGUGUUACGAUUCAAUACCGCUCAAAGGAUAACCCGAAAACCUCUCUCAAAAAACAAAACACAACAAUAACCCUGAUAAACAAAAGCCAUUCGAGAUAUUGAUGUAAACAAUUUUGUUUAAAGAACGAAGCAAACAAUAAAACUAAAAAACAAAACAGAAAAACAAAAA